AUGGCUAGAUCGAAUGCGAGGUUGGUAAGAUUUGGAUUCUUUGCGUUGUUGCUAAUUUUAUCAGCAUACAUCCUCUCCAAAGGCUCCUCCACUUCUUACUCCGUUUCUCCAGCAAGCAAGCAGCAGACCGCUAACACCAAUACCAAUGCCAACGCCAACGCCAACGACAACAAUAAAGUGCCAGUCUCUAACAAAGAAGACGCUUCGUUAUUGAAGGCCCAGGAUGGGUCUUCUUCCGCCGACACAAAGAAGGUGGUUUCUGGCGAGAAGGUGAAGGCCGCUUUCGUCACUUUGGCUAGAAACUCAGAUGUCUGGGAAAUCUUGGGCUCCAUCAAACAAAUUGAGGACAGAUUUAACCACAACUACGCUUACGAUUGGGUUUUUCUUAACGAUGAAGAGUUUUCUGAAGAAUUCAAAAGAGAGACUUCGAGAUUGGUGUCUGGUACCACCCAUUACGGUUUGAUUCCACACGAUCAGUGGUCAUUCCCUGACUGGAUUGACACCCAGAAAGCUGCAGAGACCAGAGAAAGAAUGAGACAACAACAGGUCAUUUACGGUGACUCCAUUUCCUAUAGGCAUAUGUGCAGAUAUGAAUCAGGUUUUUUCUUCAGACACCCUAUAAUGCAACAGUUUGAUUACUACUGGAGAGUUGAACCUGGCAUUAAGAUCUUCUGCGAUGUUGACUACGAUAUCUUCAAGUUCAUGAGUGACAACGACUAUGAGUAUUCUUUCACCAUUUCUUUGCCUGAAUAUGUUACAACCAUCCCAACUCUAUGGGAAACCACAAGGAGUUUCAUCAAGGAACAUCCAAGCUACUUGCACCAGAACAAUCUUAUGGAUUGGGUUUCUGACGAUGGCGGUCUCACUUAUAACGGUUGCCAUUUCUGGUCCAACUUCGAAAUUGGAAAAUUAUCCUUCUGGAACUCUCCAGCAUACCUGGAGUAUUUUGAAUAUUUGGAUAAAGCAGGUGGAUUUUUUUACGAAAGGUGGGGUGAUGCUCCAAUCCAUUCCAUUGCUGUGGCGCUUUUCAUGGACAAGAGCAAGGUCCACUUUUUUGACAAUAUUGGAUACUUCCAUAACCCUUUCCACAAUUGUCCUGUCAACGAAAAGAUCAGACUUGAUAAAAAAUGUGCUUGUAACCCCAACGAUGACGUCACCUGGAAAAAUUAUUUCUGUAACAACAAGUUCUACAAAUUGCAAGGACUCAAAAAGCCUGAAGGUUGGGAAAGAUACGGGGAUUGA